UGUUGUACAGCUAUGCCCACUGCAAAGGAAAGCAUCUGCUGCCAAGAAGUACAACAGAUCGAUGCCAAGAGGGGAUCAUUUCAUCAGUUGACCUGUAUUACUCGGCACCCACGGUUUGGACCAGUUUGUCUGGACGAAUAUGUACUCGAGACUGCGUACUACCAGUACAGAUCCCAGUAUGGAGAAUUAAGAACAACCACAGAAGAAAGAAAUAGGUACACAGCCUAUCGCCAGCUUGUUCGGUGUUGUUGGGGCUAUUUAGGAAGAAACGUCCGUGUUCCCCUACCUUCAUGUGCAGUGACCAAGAUUAGACAGACUUUUCAGUCCAACCAGUACAGAAGGUUCCAAGACCCAGAAUAAGUAAGUUUGUUAAAAAAAAAAUAAACAUGCAACAUAAUACAAAUGUUCAAACAAAACAAAAAUAAACAUAAUAAAUAAAUUAGUAAUAACAAAGAAAGCAUCAGUUACAUAAAAAUUUGAGUACAGUAAGUAAACAGAUUAUAUGCAUCCAGGAACGGGAC